UUGUUCUGGGAAGCCGGUCUUCGGCCCUGCAAUGAUUUCCUUGCUCUCCUUCUCCGACGGGGAGCUGCAGCUGAGGAAGUUCCUUCCCUCCCCGCUUAGGCCACCGUCUGCUCUCGAAGGAGGGAUGUCCAGCGAACGGAGCUCAUGGGGCAGCCUGACCACUCUGCAGAAGGUGGCCGUGGCCCUUGGGAUCCCAGCCAGCGGCGCCAUCCUUUACAUCCUUUACCGCCGUUACAGGGAGAGCCGAGAAGAGCGGCUGACAUUCGUGGGCGACGAGGAGAUCGAAAUGGAGAUGAAGGUGCCAAAAGACGCUGUCAGGUUGCUCAUCGGCCGCCAGGGAGCCAACAUCAAGCAGCUGAGAAAGGACACCCGCGCACGCAUCGACCUCGAUGUGGAGGAGUCCAGUGAAGAUCGGACGAUCCGGAUCUGCGGUUCCCCUGUUCAGGUGUGCAAGGCCAAAGCCGCCAUCCACCAGCUGUUGGCGGAGAACUCGCCGGUGGAGGAGAAGAUGUAUGUCCCCCAGGGAGCUGUUGGGCGGAUCAUCGGCAGAGGAGGGGAGACGGUACGGUCCAUCUGCCGUAGCACCGGGGCCAAGGUCCUGUGUGACCGGCAAGGGGAUGGAGUCUUCUCGCUCACCCGUCUUAUCACGAUCUCCGGGACUCCCAAGGAGGUGAAAGCUGCCAAGGCACUGAUCAUGGAGAAGCUUUCUGAGAACGAAGCUUUCCAGAAGAAGCUGGCCCAAUUGGCCUCAUGCCAGCCCUUGCGCAAGCAUCCUGUCGGCAGGAGGAAGGAAGAAGGUGCCGGGGACCAAGCCGGGCCUCAUCCUCAUAUCGGGGAGGCCCCCUCUUGGCUACCCUGCCCCUCCCAAAAGGAAAGGGAUGCUGAAACGAACCAGGCAGAGUAUCCCCUGGAUGAACCGCAGGAGUUAAGAAGCGAAAAUGAUACUCCCGAAGAUUCAUUAUCGGGGACAUCUUGGCCAAGCUCCACAUUUGAAGUCCCCAGUCCAGACUUCAGCUUCCAUGCCAACGAGCACCUGGAGGUCUACAUCUCUGCUUCUGAGAACCCAAACCAUUUCUGGAUCCAGAUGAUCGGCUCCCGCACCUUCCAGUUGAAUAAACUCCACGAGGAAAUGACACAGUACUACGAAAGCAGCGGCUGUGUAGAUGGACUUCCAAACGUGCACGUGGAUGACAUAGUGGCUGCCCCCUACCAGUACGACGGUACUUGGUACAGAGCCCGAGUCCUUGGCACUUUGGAGAACGGAAACCUGGACUUGUAUUACGUGGAUUAUGGCGACAAUGGAGAAGCUCCUUUGGAGAAGCUGCGGGCGUUACGGAGUGAUUUCCUGAGCCUGCCUUUCCAAGCGAUCGAGUGCAGCCUUGCUGGCAUUGCUCCAGCUGGAGGCCAGUGGGAAGAGGCGGCAUUGGAUGAAUUUGACUGCCUCACCCAGUGUGGCAAAUGGCAGCCUAUUGUGGCUAAGAUCGCCAGCUAUGUGCCUUCUGGGAGUAACACUUGGCCACAUGUUCAUCUCUACAGUAUCUCUGGCAAACAGAACAUCGAUAUCGGCGAGGAGCUGAUACGGUUGGGCUAUGCCGUGCAGUGCCCACUGGAGGAAGGCGCAGCUGUGGGUGAUGGACUGCACCAAGCCAGGCAUGGGGCAGUGCCCGGUGACUCCCACCCAAACCAGGGAAACAUGGAAGAGAUGUCUCUUGAGAGUCUUAACUCCGAUAUGCCGAAAACUCCUGAUGAGAUGCCCUUAACCCUGUCCUGCCUGAGCCUUUCAGAAGCUGCCUCUGUGUCUGAAAGUGGUGACGUCUCCCAGCUUGAAGACAGUUCCUAGGCUCCUCGAGCAACACGAUUGGGAAGUCACGCCUGCCUGCACAGAGGAAGCAAGCGGCAGCAGGGGGCGACUGGCUGUUCCUGUAGCACCAUCGCCGCAGCGUUGCAGCUCAAUGCAGCACCUCAACGAUUACUGGAAUACCGCUACAGAUGCUGGGGGGUAACCGGAGCAGAGGCAGAAGACGCUUACGGCAGACCCCUCUCUCCAGCGCUGGCAAGCGGGCUUUCGUUGUGGCGCACAGCGUGACCUCCCUUGGUGGGAGGCUGCCUAAAACAGAGCUGCAUGCGUGACCUGUUAAGCUCCCUUUGAGUUGUGAGGGGUGGGUCAGGGUGAAUCCCCUCUCAUUCUUGGGGCUUUGAGUAUAGGCACCUAGCUUUAAUCGUCAAGUCUCCCGAUGCCGGGACUUGUGCAAGUUUUGAGUCUUUGAAUGUCCUUUUCUUUCCUCUGUUCUUAAGAGGUGCGGCUCAGUCCGCUUGCCCUGUUUAGGGAGGAAAAAUGGGUUGCACUUAGUCUGUUUGCCACGUUCUCUGCACGGAGGGGGCAAUUUGAGGAUUUCCUGUGAAAACCUGGGCGCUGGGAUUUCUAAAAGCCAAUGCGCACAUGUUGCAACUUCCUGUGGCAUCUUUACUGGGCUGUACUGCUGCAGGUGAGGCCAUAGCGUGUUUCACUGCUUCUCCCAUUAAAUGCUGAUUCCCCCCCCUCCUUUUUUGCACAGAGUAAAUGAGCCUACCAGCAGGGCUGUCUCUAGGUUAGCAAUGUUCCCUGAUGUGGCUAGCAUUGAACUUUCCUGCACAGACAACAUUGGGGAAAUACUCAUACCGGCCAUCUCGCACACGAGGUCGUGAAGGGUACAGUCUGGCCUGAUAUGAUCAUGUGAUUUUGCAGCAUGCGCGUCAGUCCGCUGUUUGGUUUCAUGGUGUGCUCUUACCCAAAACACCACGUGGGGAGUAGCUUAAUGCUAUCAUUACUUCUGAGCUUAAGCCUUGGGCUGUAACACUACAGUAUGUGGAUAGACGUGUAGCAAAACGAAUGUAUUAAGACCUCCUCCCAAGCAUAGGGCCGUUUGCGUGAAGAGGGGAGGAGUUCCCUUGCCAAUUCUUAAGCCAUUGCAAAUCAUAUCCUAGUUUUAUUGUGGGGGGAACCUGUUUGAGGAGGGAAGUAGAAUCUUUGGUUACUGCCCUCUUGUUCUGUUCUGAAUG